AUGGCGUCUGUGGCUUCGGAGAACCCCAUUCCUACCGGCGUGGAGCGGCCGGCCAACAGCGAUGCCGCGCACCUCACCUCUCUGAUGAAGCUCUAUCGCGCCCUUUGCGUUCGCCACGACGAGCUUGGGAUGGAGGUCAUUUUAAACGACGUCCUGGCCCUUCUCACGCACACCCAUCAACACGAACAGGCCGAGUCUUUGAUCGCGACGUGCGAUCUGACGUUGCCCCACCACUCCAACAAUCAGGCGGCGCGGUACUACUACUACGUCGGCUUCACCCAGGCCCUGCGGUUGGAGUACGUGGCGGCCCAUCACUCCCUUCAGCAGGCCCUGCGGAAGGCCCCGGAGCGCGCCCACGGCUUCCGCAUCGCGGCGACAAAGUUGUCCUUGGUGGUCCAGCAGCUCCUGGGGGAGAUCCCCCCGCGGUCGGAUUUUUUGGCGAAGGACAUGCGGGAAUGCCUAUCGCCCUACCUCCAGCUCACUUCUUGUGUGCGCUUUGGCCAACUCGGUCGAUUUAUGUCGAUUUUACAACAACAUAAGGAGAUCUUUGAUCAUGACCGCACCUACUCGCUCGUUCUGCGCGUUCGUCAGCACGUCAUCAAGACCGGACUCCGGCGAAUUUGCCAAGCCUAUAGUCGGAUCAGCAUUUCGGAUGUGUGUGUGAAGCUGUCGAUGGAAAACCCGGCGGAUGCGGAGUAUAUUUUGUCCAAGGCGAUCCACGAUGGGGUGAUUGACGCCGUCCUGGAUAACGCUAAACGGGAGUUAAUCACAAGCGACAGCGUGGAUGUAUACUCAACAACGGAACCUUUGUAUGCCUUUCAGCGGCGAAUUCAAUUUUUAAACACAACCCACAACGAUGCGAAGCGUGCGAUGCGGUAUUCGGCAACCGAUCCAGAUUUAGAGGCGGAGCGAAAGCGCUUAUAUCAGGAUGAACGCGAUGAGCGUGAACGCGCGCUGGAGAACGCCGCGGAGGACAUUGGCGAUGUGAACUUCGAGGAUGGAUUGUAG